AUCAAAGGCACAAACAACCAUUCACCGUCUGUCGUUCGUCACAAUCCGUGAUCUGAUUUCCUUUUUUGCACCGGACCAAACUCUGUGGAGCAGCCAUGGGACGUGAGUCGAGACACUACAGGAAGCGAUCCGCGUCUCGAGGACGUUCCGGCAGCCGCUCGAAGAGCCGCUCUCCGGACAAACGCUCCAAGAAGGAGGACCGGGACCGAGACCGGAGCCGGAGGGACAGGUCCCGGAGCAAGGACCGCCGCAGGACCCGCUCCAGAGACAGGAAACGACCUAGGCGAUCCAGGAGCAGAGAAAGGAGGAGGUCCAGAAGCAGAGAGAGAAGGAGGUCAGGCAGCAGGAGCAGAGCCCGGAGGUCCAGAUCCGGCAGCCCCAACAAGAGCAGGAGAACAGAUGAAAAAUCAAGGGGCAAGGAGGAGGACACCAUUGACCCUUUAUCUGAAAAGAAAAAGGUUAAAGAGGAGAAAGAGGAUGAAAAGAUUGAGGAUCAAGACUUUGACCAGAACAAGCUGGAGGAGGAGAUGAGGAAAAGGAAGGAGCGGGUGGAGAAGUGGAGAAUAGAGCAGAGGCAGAAGGCAAUCACAAGCAUCGGAGAGCUCAAGAAAGAACUGGAGGAGAUGAAGCAGGGAAAGAAGUGGAGCCUCGAGGAUGAUGAAGACGAUGACGAGGAAGGUUCAGCACCUAUGGAGGGAGACGAUGAUGACGAUGGAGAAGAGAAAGAGGAGAUGAAAGAGAUGGAGAUAAAGGAGGAGAAGAAAGAGGAGGAGGUGGAGGCAGAGGAGGAGGAGGAGGAAGAAGAGAAGGAGAAGGAGACUCCUAUGGAGCUGCUGGAAGAGGAAGAUGACAUUGAUCCUCUGGAUGCCUACAUGGAGGAGGUGAAGCAGGAGGUCAAGAAAUUCAACAUGGGAGGAGUGAAGGGAAAUGAUCAGAAAGGAGCGAUAUCAAUGUCUAAGUGCACGACUGUUAUGAAAACCAAGAAAGGACCCAACACUCACAAGAAGAAGGGCGAGCUGAUGGAGAAUGACCAGGAUGCCAUGGAGUACUCAUCAGAGGAGGAGGAGGUGGAUCUGCAAACGGCUCUGACAGGUUUCCAGACCAAAACAAGGAAAGUCCUGGAGCCUGUUGACCACGGGAAGAUCCAGUACGAGUCAUACCGUAAAAACUUCUAUGUGGAGGUGCCUGAGUUGGCCAAGAUGACUCAAGAAGACGUGAACUCUUACAGGUUGGACCUGGAAGGCAUUGUUGUAAAAGGGAAGGGCUGCCCCAAACCCAUCAAGACCUGGGUGCAGUGCGGGAUAUCAAUGAAGAUCCUUCAUGCUAUGAAGAAGCACAGCUACGACAAACCCACCCCCAUCCAGGCCCAGGCCAUCCCUGCCAUCAUGUCCGGCCGAGACCUCAUUGGCAUCGCUAAAACCGGCAGUGGGAAAACCAUAGCCUUCCUGUUGCCCAUGUUCCGACAUAUAAUGGAUCAGAGGCCCCUGGAAGAGGCUGAGGGACCCAUCAGUAUAAUCAUGACUCCGACCAGAGAGUUGGCUCUGCAGAUCACCAAGGAGUGUAAGAAGUUCUCCAAGUCGCUGGGGCUCAGGGUGGUGUGUGUUUAUGGAGGCACUGGUAUCAGCGAACAGAUUGCUGAGCUGAAGAGAGGAGCUGAGAUCAUUGUGUGUACACCAGGAAGAAUGAUUGACAUGUUGGGGGCCAACAGUGGCCGAGUCACCAAUCUGCGAAGAUCUACGUAUGUGGUGUUGGAUGAAGCAGACAGGAUGUUUGACAUGGGCUUUGAGCCGCAGGUGAUGCGUAUCGUGGACAAUGUGCGCCCAGACCGUCAGACAGUCAUGUUUUCAGCCACCUUCCCCAGAGCCAUGGAGGCACUGGCUCGUAGGAUCCUGAUAAAGCCUCUUGAGGUCCAGGUGGGAGGCCGCAGUGUCGUCUGCUCAGAUGUGGAACAACAUGUGCUGGUGAUUGAUGAGGACAAGAAGUUCCUGAAGCUGCUGGAGAUUCUGGGUCACUACCAGGAGAAGGGCUCGGUCAUUAUCUUUGUUGACAAACAGGAGCACGCGGACGGGCUGCUGAAAGACCUGAUGAAAGCUUCGUACCCAUGCAUGUCACUGCAUGGAGGAAUUGACCAAUACGACAGAGACAGCAUCAUCAAUGACUUCAAGAAUGGGGCUUGUCGCCUCAUGGUGGCCACCUCUGUGGCAGCCAGAGGCCUGGACGUCAAGCAGCUGAUCCUGGUCGUCAAUUACAAUUGUCCCAACCACUACGAGGACUAUGUCCAUAGGGCUGGGCGCACGGGCAGAGCCGGUAACAAGGGAUUCGCUUACACCUUCAUCACACAGGACCAGGUUCGCUAUGCUGGUGACAUCAUCAAAGCGUUGGAGCUCUCAUCUUCUCUUGUCCCACCAGAGCUGGAGCAGCUCUGGGCCUCCUUCAAAGACCAACAGAAAUUGGAGGGUAAGACAAUUAAGAGCAGCAGCGGCUUCUCAGGAAAAGGCUUCAAGUUUGACGAGACAGAACACGCUCUGGCCAAUGAGAGGAAGAAGCUGCAGAAAGCUGCUCUCGGCCUGCAGGACUCUGAUGACGAGGACGGAGCGCUUGAUAUUGAGGAGCAGAUAGAGAGUAUGUUCAACUCCAAGAAGAGGGUGAAAGACCUGUCUGCUCCCGGGUCGGCUUCCGGUCCUGCAGGAUCAGCUUCCAACGCAGCAGCUGCCGGUGGAGGAGGGAUGCCAGGCGCUGGACCCCAAUCUGCUGGAAACAUCCAGAAACUGGAGAUGGCCAAAAGGCUGGCGCUUAAGAUCAACGCUCAGAAAAACCUGGGAGCCGAGGCUCAGGAUGUGAUGCAACAGGCCACGAACGCCAUCCUGCGGGGGGGCACCAUCAUGACGCCCUCUGUGUCGGCAAAGACCAUCGCGGAGCAGCUGGCAGAGAAGAUCAAUGCCAAGCUGAACUACACGCCUGUGGAGAAGCUUGAGGAGGAGCGGCAGGCAGCUGAACAGGCAGAGACGGUCAAGAGAUACGAAGAGGAGCUGGAAAUCAACGACUUCCCUCAGACGGCCAGGUGGAAGGUGACAUCUAAAGAAGCUCUGCAGAGGAUUGGCGAAUACUCCGAAGCUGCCAUCACCAUCAGAGGAACCUAUUUCCCUCCAGGCAAAGAGCCCAAGGAGGGAGAACGCAAGAUCUAUCUGGCUAUUGAGAGUGCUAAUGAGCUGGCUGUGCAGAAAGCCAAGACAGAGAUUACUCGGUUAAUCAAGGAAGAACUCAUCAGAUUACAAAAUUCCUACCAGCCGACGAGCAAAAGCCGAUACAAAGUGCUGUAGAGGAGAAACCAAGGCUUGUUGGAGGAGUGCUCAUUUCUCUACUGUUUCCUGUCUUCUAUCUUGUCUCAUCAGAUUGGUUGAAGAAUGUUUUAGUCUAUAUUCUUAAUAAUGGCAAAUUAAGUUUAGUGUAUGUGUGUUUCUAUUUUUCAUUUGUUUCCCCCUAAAGCUGUUUUCAGUCAUGAACUCCAGAUAAUGAUAUUAUCCGGGCGCUUUCCUGCUGUAUUCUCACAUGGGCUCACUCAGACAUUAAAAUCUCGGGGCCAUUAGGAACAUUUUUUGAAAAUGUCGGGAGCAACGCACUCUGGCGUUUGAGUUCCCACAUCCAGCCCAUGUGGAAAAUGUCCAAACUUCAGUGGGUGUCUGUAGGCAGCUUUAGUUUACAGUAAUUUUUUAUGAACAAACAAAUACCAAAAUGUGAUGCUGUUUUCACCUUCAGUGUCAUGAGACCACCAGGAUGCAACAACAAGCUAAAUACAACAUGUCUUUUAAUAUAAGACAGAUUUUUUUGUAAUGUAAUUUGUUUUGCUCGGAUUUGUUUGUAAAAGCCACAUACCAGCCAUUGUCCUCAAGAAGAAAGACUCAGAUGAAAAAUGUUUUUACUUUCUCUCUGAAUAAAACCUGAUGUUAAUAAGGAA